AUGGGCAAUAUGGUCAUGCAGAUGAAUUUCUACUGGGGGAAAAACGCGACGAUUUUAUUCAAAGGUUGGCCAGAUAAUAACCUAGGCAUGUACAUAUUGUCUUUGUUCUUUGUUUUCUUUAUGGCCUUUGCUGUCGAGAUUUUGUCGAUGGGCCUGAAAAUCAAGAAGAGUAUGAAUCCUAUAGUUGGUGGACUGAUUAAGUCUUCGAUUUAUUAUACUGUUCGAAUGGUUCUUGUUUAUUUUGUUAUGCUUGCUGUUAUGUCCUUCAACGUUGGAAUUUUCGUUGUUGCAAUCUUAGGCCAUGGUUUGGGGUAUUUCUUCGUUAAAUUUCGUGAACUUGCGGCAGCUGAUUCUCCAGCACAGACCACGGGCUCAAAUGCUACUGAUCCUUAG